GGCACUUAUUAUUUUGAAAGUAACUUAUCAAAAUUGCAGUUGAAACUAUGAAUUAAUUUAUUAUUGCUACUAUUAUCAAGAGGGCUGUGGGGCAAAAGAUUAUUCCUUUUUAAAGACUCUCAUCUUGUUUGCUUAUUUCUUUUAGUUCAGAUUUUAUAUUACAGUAUAUGGCCGUAACAUUGAGAUUUUUUGGAUCUGUGGAAUGGGCGCAAUUUUGAGAUUUUCUGGAUGUAUGUAAUGGCCGUAACUUUGACCAAAUACCUAUACAAGUUCUAUUAUUUUUAUUGAUUUGCAAUUUGAAUAUUUUCAUGUAGCAGAAGUUAAACUGUGUUCAUUUAGGAAGAUUGCUGUAUUUUUAGGAACUGAAAAGGGAAAAAACUGAUCAGUUUUGACCUUGUUCGGUUGCAAAACACAGAUUCUCUCGUUUUGCUAACAGAGCCUGUAGAGAACCUUGGCUGUGAUAGAGUUUGGCUGCAAUUUCAAUAAAUGAGUCAUGUUUUGCCGGCGGAAAAGGUUGCUCUCCAUAUUCUUGGUUGGAGUUCACCGAUUUGGUCCAUCUUAUCCAUUAAACCAUCUGGCUCUACCUCAAUACUUCACUAAUCAUUUCGUAACUCCCCAGUCACCAUCAAUACUGGACGAUGAUUCAUCAUGGUCUUUCAGGUUAGGGUUUCCUGCCUUUGGAGUCUUUUCUUCCUCUUUUUCUUCCCUGAGCAACAAACAAUUGGAAGUCCCUUAUUUGGACAAUAAAGAUGGUCAUACCAAAUAUGAAGCUUGUAGUGAUAGUGAUGAAGACAAUGGUGGACCUAUAGUCCACGGAAGCCGAAAUUAUUUAACUGGAAGUCUUGAAAGAAUAAUGGGUAUUUUACAAAAUCCAGGGGCAAAUGCAUCUCAAGUGAAUAAGCAGCUUGAGGAAUGUCAUGUAAAGGUUGUGCCUGAGCUAGUAUCAGAUGUCAUCUCUAGGGUUCGUAAUGACUGGGAAUUGGCAUUCACAUUUUUUCUUUGGGCUGGGAAGCAACCAGGCUACUCACAUUCUGUGCGUGAAUUCCACUCCAUGAUUGCUAUACUUGGGAAAAUGAGGAAGUUUGACACGGCAUGGGCAUUAAUUGAUGAGAUGAGGGGUGGGAGGAAUGGACCGUCUCUAGUUACUCCACAGACACUCUUGAUCAUGAUAAGGAAAUAUUGUGCUGUUCAUGAGGUUGGAAAAGCUAUCAGUACAUUGUAUGCACACAAGCGGUUUAACUUUGAAGUAGGAACAGAGGAAUUCCAGAACUUCCUCUCUGCCCUUUGUAGGUACAAGAAUGUAAGUGAUGCUGAACACUUGCUGUUUGCAAACAAAGAAGUGUAUGGUUUGAAUACCAAGAGUUUCAAUAUCAUUCUCAAUGGAUGGUGUAAUAUUGUUGGUGACCUUCGUGAAGGGAAAAGAAUUUGGAGGCUGAUGAAGGAGAUGGGGAUUCCCCGUGAUGUUUUCUCAUAUUCCAGCAUCAUGUCUAGCUAUUCAAAGUCUACUAAUCUCAAUGGAGUGCUCAAGCUUUUUGACCAAAUGAAAGAACAUGGUAUUAGCCCUGAUAGGAAAGUAUACAAUGCAGUAAUUCAUGCUCUUGCUAAGGGAAAGCUGAUGAAAGAAGCUCGGAAUGUAAUGAAGUCGAUGGAAGAGAAGGGUAUAUCUCCUGAUGUGGUCACUUACAACUCAUUGAUCAUGCCCAUUUGUAAGCACCGUCUGUCAUAUGAAGCCAAGGAGAUAUUUAAUGAGAUGACACAACGAGGCAUAACCCCAACUGUACGAACUUACCAUGCUUUCUUUCGAAUCAUGAGGAUAGAAGAAGAAGUUUUUGAACUCUUGAAUAACAUGCAUGUAAUGGGCUGUCAGCCAACACAUGAUACAUACAUCAUGCUGAUUAGGAAAUUCUGCCGUUGGGAAAAAAUUGAUAGUGUUUUCAGAUUGUGGACUGAUAUGAUCAAGAAUGGGCUUGAUCCUGACCGAAGCUCUUACAUUGUGCUGAUACAUGGACUCUUUCUGAAUGGAAGGCUUGAAGAUGCAAACAGAUACUAUUUGGAGAUGAAAGAGAAAGAUUUAUUACCAGAACCAAAGAUAGAAAAAAUGCUUCAGGCUUGGGCUGCUAGUAGGCAAGCAGCAGGGCUAUCGGUGACAAGUUCAGAGGAGAACACAGGGUGUUUUAGUAAACCAGUAAACAAAACUAGAACAAAACCCCAAAAAAGUGAUAGAGGAAAGGAUUUUUUGCGACAACCUGAAAGUAGAGCAGUCACAAGAGAACACGGCUUUUCUUUUUGGGAUGAAUAGCAUGAUUGAUUCUUAAAAGUUUUCUAGCAUGUUCAUUUGGACUGGAAUUUUCCGGCUAGAAGCCGUGAAUACAGCUGCAGCAGUGCAAAUCCCUCAGCUAUUGUGUGGUGGAAAAGUUGGCAACAUAGACAAACAAACAAAUAAACCAUUUCUUCGCUUCUUCAUAUCUCAGGCUUACAAGUAAUACAUAUGACAUUACCUUAAAACCAAACUAGGGCCGUGUUACAUCAGAUGAAGACAUUUAGAAACUGGUUGCGAUGUGUUUUGAUAAGGUAGGCAUCUGAAUCCUAUUGCUCUCUUGUGGUUGGUGUUAUUUUUCCCAGACACAAGUUGAGGUUGCUAUAAAAGCUGCUGAUGGAGAUUUGAAUGUUGCCAUGGAGGUUCUGAUGACCCAAAAGGCAGAUUUGCAAGUAUUUAUGUUAUUGUAGUGGUAAUAAGGGUAUGUUGCACAAAUGCUAAGAAUCUAACACUGUCUGUUUCCCACUGACAGGAAUAGUUUCCAUGACAAGGCUGAUUGAAUCAAAGACGUUAAGUGAUGUCUUCUAAACCUAUAAAGGCCAGAGUGAUGAUAUUCCAGUACCCUCAUCCUUGUGUAUUCAUGAUUCUUAUAUUUGUCAUUUCUCAGUAAACUGAAUUGAGACUGGCAUAUUUAGGUUGAGGUAUUCCUUCGUCAUACAUCUCAGCAACGUGGUGAAUUGCCUCUAAUCGACAUGUUUGGCUCCGCAGAUAACAUUCUGGAGCUUUUGGACCAUAUCAAAUCAGGUGUACUGAUGUACAAAAACUUACCCUUGUGGCCACACACUCAAAAGAACAAUUCCUCUUGCCUUAACUUUUCAAAUGGUUCCAAGUUUUAUGUCACAUGAACACUUUCUCCAGUACAAAGUUGUCUCGCCUCUAAUAUGAAAGAGUGCUCCCCAUUAAUAAUAGGGAAAUUAUCAAUGACCCCCUUUGGAGGUUUGGUGUAUAAUAACUCACACCCAUGCACUGUAAAAAAUGCACUCUUAUCCCCUCAUUAUCUUUUAAUGAUGGUUAAGUUACUUUUAAUUUACUUUAGAUAAAUUAUAGAUAUUGUAUUGUAACUUUUCAUUGUGUCCGCUUUUAAUGUUGAAUUUUAUUGAACUACAUAUUUGAUAUGUAUAAUUAAUAAAUUUGUUUAUAAUAAUUAAUAAAGACCCUUCCCCCGGAAAUCAAAUUUAAUUCAACAAUAUAUGAUCAAAACCGACUUACUCUAGAUAGUUCGCUUUAUGUCUUUGGAUGUGAACUAUCUAGAGUGAGGUAAGGUUUGAUCAUUUUUUGUUUCAUUAAGUUCGAUUUCCGAUGGAAGAGUCUUCAGUGUGCAUAAAUUUAUUAAUUAUCCGAUCAAAGUGGUCACAAUCAAAAGUUAGAGGAACUAUGUUUAUAAUUCUCUAAACGUAAAUUAAAAGUUACUCAACCAUCAUUAGAGGAUAGGGAGGGGGUAAGAGUACAUUUUUUUUAGGCUAAAGGGUCAAAUAGGUACAUGAACUAACUUAAAGUGUUCAAUUAGCCCCUUAUAUAGGAGGUUCUGCCCGGUCGUCGCCAAUUGGGG